AUGAAUGAAGGGGAUAUCAAAAUGAUUAAUGAAGGGAGGCAGCCCAUGUACCAGGAGGACAUCGACAGGACAAUCCUGAACUUACUGGAGCAGCUGAAAUCUCUGGAUCGAGAUGCAGCCGAAGCCUCUCGUUUGCAGCACCCUCAUUCUGAGAUGAUUGAGAAGGAUAUUAAACAGCUGCGAAAGCGUGUGAUGAAGCUCCAUGAGGAACAUGAUCGCAUUUACCAUUUCGCAAGAUCGAAGAAGUUUCCCACCAUCACCCGGGGAAAGAUGGUUGCUGAGAAACUG